GGCAAAUAACUACAGAUCACAAUCGCGCCCCCCCAUCUUCCUCCCUCCCUCCCUCCCUCUCUCUCUCUCUCUUUUCUUUUCCUGCUUCCAAACGCCCUCUUCCAGGCUGAAGCUGGGCAGGUCUCCAAAGGUACAGCAGCCACAACAAUCCUGCAGUUCAAAGUUAAGCAGCAGUUGCACAACUUCCAGCAGCACUCUCAGCCGGCUGCUAAUGAGCUGAAAGCCAGCAACAUCUGAGAAGAGAAAGCGUCCAGCCUUCCCCCUCCCCCCUUCACCCUAGAAACUCGGACACCCCCACCCCCACCACCAGAUCACUUAAGACACAGGCCUUGUUAUUCGGCUGCUGGACAGACCAUGGCUCCCUUUGGAAGAAACUUGCUAAAGGCUCGGCAUAAAAAUAGAUCGCCAACCAAAGACAUGGAUUCAGAAGAGAAGGAAAUUGUGGUUUGGGUUUGCCAAGAAGAGAAGAUUGUCUGUGGGUUAACUAAGCGCACCACCUCUGCUGAUGUCAUCCAAGCUUUGCUUGAGGAACAUGAGGCUACGUUUGGAGAGAAGCGAUUUCUUCUGGGGAAGCCCAAUGAUUACUGCAUCAUAGAAAAGUGGAGAGGCUCAGAACGGGUCCUUCCUCCUCUAACUAGAAUCCUGAAGCUUUGGAAAGCAUGGGGGGAUGAGCAGCCCAAUAUGCAAUUUGUUUUGGUUAAAGCAGAUGCUUUUCUUCCCGUUCCUUUGUGGCGAACGGCUGAAGCCAAAUUAGUGCAGAACACAGAAAAACUGUGGGAGCUCAGCCCAGCAAAUUACAUGAAGACCUUACCACCGGAUAAACAAAAAAGAAUCGUCAGAAAAACUUUCCGGAAACUGGCGAAAAUUAAGCAGGACACAGUUUCCCAUGAGCGAGAUAACAUGGAGACAUUAGUUCAUCUGAUCAUUUCCCAGGAUCAUACUAUUCAUCAGCAAGUCAAGAGGAUGAAAGAGCUGGAUCUGGAGAUUGAAAAGUGUGAAGCUAAGUUCCACCUUGAUCGGGUAGAAAAUGACGGAGAAAAUUAUGUUCAGGAUGCGUAUUUGAUGUCCAAUCUCAAUGAAGCUGAGCCAAAAUUAGACUUGGACUAUGCAGAAGAACAGACUCUUGAGGAAUUGAACGAAAGUGAUGGAAUUGUACAGCUGGAAGAACGACUAAAAUAUUACCGAAUGCUCAUUGAUAAACUGUCUGCUGAAAUAGAAAAAGAGGUAAAAAGUGUUUGCAUUGAAAUAAAUGAAGAUGAUGAAGGGGCAGCUGCAAGCGAACUGGAAAACUCUAAUUUAGAAAGUGUUAAGUGUGACUUGGAGAAAAGCAUGCAAGCUGGUUUGAAAAUCCACUCUCACUUGAGUGGCAUCCAGAAAGAGAUUAAAUACAGUGACUCAUUGCUUCAGAUGAAAGCAAAAGAAUAUGAACUCCUGGCCAAGGAGUUCAGUUCGCUUCACAUUAGCAACAAAGAUGGAUGCCAGUCAAAGGAAAACAGAGGAAAGGAAUCUGAGGUUCCCAGCAGCAGUGGGGAGGUCCCUCCCUUUACUCAGAGAGUAUUUAAUAUAUAUACAAAUGACACAGAUUCAGACACUGGUAUCAGCUCUAACCACAGUCAGGACUCUGAGACAACUGUAGGAGAUGUGGUUCUACUGUCAACAUAAUUUGAAUGGCUUCUUUCUGAACUGCUUUAAUGUUGUUCAUGUUUGUUUAAUUUAAUAGGAAACCGUAUUUCUGGAAAAAAUCUAAAUCAUGUUACAGUAGGAGUUUUCAGUAGUUAAUAAAAACUAGAGAAAUUUGCUGUUU